AUGCCUCAGCCAAGCCGGCAACAGAACCAUACACCGGUACAGCAGUUUGAUGCCAUCCAACCUACUUUCGCACAAGGCCAUAAUUUCAGCAGACCCCCUCAGCAGUCUCCUGUCCAGAGCCAACAGCAAUACAAUCAGUCUGCUUUCUCGCCCCCGGUUAAUGGCCAAACCCCGCAAUCUCGGCCAAAUGAACAGAUGAACUUUCAGCAGUCCCAUCAAGGUCGCCAACAGCCUCCUCCCCAACAACAACAUGCUCAACAACAACAUGCUCAACAACAGCCGCCGACUGUUCAGCCCCAAUUUGCCCCUAAGCAGCCCAUUUCCUAUCCUCAAACCUCGCAACCUUUGCCUGCUCAAAACUUCCAGCAGCAGAUGCACCAGCAACAACCGCACUUCAUUGGCAAUGCCUCCUCGCCACCAGCCACUAACAACCCGUAUCUUAUUCCUCAACCUAUCAACAAUCAAGACACUGGCAUCGCUCAGCACGUCACCAAUGAGCCUCCUGCUAAAAAGAGGAAGCGAGCGGUGAAGAGUGCCCCGGAUACUCCGACGCCAGAGCCUGCUACUACAUACAUCGACUCGCCUGUGGGCUCUCCUGCUGUAAAGAAGGUUGACGAUGUCGAUGGUCUGCCCGCUCCUACACCUUCCCCUGAAGAGGCCCAGUUGAUUGCCCAAUUUAACAAGCGAACCAAGGCCGCUCAAGCCAAACACCCUGCGAUCAAGGGCCUGCCCCAUUUGAUCUACGAGGGGACAACUAAGCUUCCAGCCCCGAAGAGCUACGAUAAGCUCGCUCCUCUAGUAGCCCUGCCAGCUCGUAGCGGAAGACAGAUGGUUCCUGAACUUGGUUAUAACCUCCCAUGUGAAGUCCAAGGCCGAUUCACAAAUCAGUACCGGCCUUCUCCCGAUAAGGGAGGACUGGACGAGAGGCGCAUGGAGGCUAAGGGACUAUUGGAUGAUUUUGACCGGUCCAUGAAGAACUUAGGGAAACGUCGCCCAAAGUACACAGAGUACCCACACGCUUUCAAAGAACAACUUAAAUCCGAUGAAGCUUCCAAGAACAAGGCAGAAAAGAAGGCAAAAAAGGAGCAGGAGGAGGAACGAGGCAAGCCAAUGCGCCCCGUUAAUCGUCCAACAGAUCCCGCUGAAGCAGCGGCCUGGGAUGCCAUCGGGAUGGUCCACAUUGAGCAAUCUGUUGCGAGGACAAACACAUUGAUCGCAACACGUGUUCAGCAAGCAGGCGAGUAUUUCAUUAAACUUCGUAGUGAUAUGAAUCGCGCCAAGCAGGAACUUGACCAGGCUGUAAAGGAUAAAGUAUCUGAAGCUGCGCUAGCCAAUGCGAGGCACGAAUUCGAGCAAAAGAAGCGGAUACUUCAUCGUGCUUUGGAUGCCACUAUUGAGCAUGCUGAUGACGCCGUCCUGGAUAACCUUGGAGGCCACCAAAAGCUUGUUUCGACUUUGGUAAACGCAUUGAUUAUGUGUAUCAAGGCAGGCGACUUUUCUGGAGAGCUUCCCAAAAUCGUCCUCGAGAUGUUUACCCAUUUUCCUAUGACGAAAAGGAUCGCCGAGACGACCAACUUUGAGACAGUCCGAAAACGAUUUGCCGACAAAGGUGAUAGCGAAGUCAAGGAGCUUGUAUCUGAAAUCACGGCCAAGAAGAUUGCUGUAGAACCUUCUGGCGGCGGUUCUCUUAUGAGGAAACUUGUCACACCCAAGAUUCAACUCCAAUCAGCCUCUAAAACCAGUGCCGCAAAGGCUGCUGCUGCUUCUAUCCUGCCAGGGAAACCCAGACCGGUGGCUAAGUCGGUUCUAAAACCCGAAGUCAAGCCAGAUGCCAAGGCUGCAAAUGACGAGAAGGCCAAACCAGAAUCGAAGCCGUCACGAACGGAAGCCAAAAUAUCUACAUCCCGCAACGGUAGUACUACGGCCACAACUUCGAGCGCAGCUUCGAGCGCUUUGUCUGGCAUUGCCUCACUCCUCGACUCUAUCAAUGCCCCAAAGCCUGAAUCUCCUGUUCAGCCUAAGGAAACCGAUGGCCCCGAAACGUCUGAAACGCCCGAAGAGAAGGCCAAGCGGCUUCGCAAGGAGGCUCGCCGUAAACUUCGAGUCACUUGGAAGCCCGAAAGCGAGCUUGUGCAGGUCAAGAUUUUCCAGAAGGAAGAUGCCGAGGACGAGGGCAGAGAGCAGAACAUGAUUCGAGACGCUGCUGAUGACCGAUCUGAAGGCAUGCAGAGGUGGAAAUGUCACAUUUACAACAGAGGAACAGCAGCGAAUCGCCGAUAG